CUGGGAAAAGAGUUAUAUCCGCCAUCUUGGCUUGAUCUAACUAGCACAACUGUUAGGUCGUAAGGCUUUGAGUAAAUUAAAGAUAUUGUGAGGGGAGUUUCAGAUUACGGUGACUAUCAAACAUUGCCUGUUGUGCAAGGAAUUAUCAUAACUGUUCAUAGACGUUUUGUUUUGCAUUGUUUCGGGGUUAGCGGUGUGUUAAGCAUAUCCACCGGCGGCCAUGGGGCGAUCCAGAAGCCGCAGUUCGUCCCGUUCCAAACACUCGAAAAGCAGCAAACACAGCAAAAGACGCAGUCGCUCCAGGUCGAGGUCCCGAGACACCGAGCGCAGCAAGAAACGUUCCAGAUCCCGGGAGUCUAAGAGGAACCGGAGACGUGAAUCUCGCUCCAGGUCUCGAUCAACAACAGCCUCAACCCGUAGGGAGAGACCAGCUUCGCCUCCAGAGAGGAUAGAUAUCUUCGGACGAACGCUUAGCAAACGAAGCGCAAUCGACGAGAAGCAACGCAAAGAGGAAGAGGAGAAGAAAGCCGAGAUGGAGAGACAGAGGAAGAUCCGUCAGCAGGAGAUCGAGGAGCGCGUGAUCGAGGAGCGGACGGCGCGGCGCGUGGAGGAGCUGGUGGCGAGGAGGGUGGAGGAGGAGCUGGAGAAGCGGCGCGAGGAGAUCGAGCAGGAGGUGCUGCGGCGUGUGGAGGAGGCCAAGGCUCUGAUGGAGCAGCAGCUGCUGCAGGAGCUACAGAGACAGAGGCAGGCCGAGCUGUCUGCCCAGCGCGCAAGAGAGGAGGAAGAGAAGGCCAAGCGAGCAGAACUGGAGAAAAUUCUAGAAGAGAACAAUCGCAAGAUGGCUGAAGCUCAAGCCAAACUGGCGGAGGAGCAGCUCCGUAUCGUGGAGGAGCAGAGUAAGAUCCACGUGGAGCGAGUGAAGCUGGAGCAGGAGAGGCAGCGGCAGCAGAAGGAGGAGCAGAAGAUGAUCCUGGGCAAGGGCAAGAGCCGCCCCAAACUCUCCUUCUCCCUCAAGGCCACCGAAUGACCUCCCUCCUCCUCCCCCCCCCCUCGCACCACCUCCCUCCUCCCGGGAUCCUGGGCAAGAGCCGCCCCCAAACUCUCCUUCUCCCUCAAGGCCACCGAAUGCCACCUCCCCCCCCCCCCCUCUCCCACACACACACACACACCUCCCCACGCGCGCAUCCAUCUCUCCAUCUCCCGCUGCCGUCCCCUCUGACUCUGCCCCCCUCCCUCCCUCUGUUCUCUCUCUCCUUUGCUUUUCUCUCUAUCCCUCCCUCCCCUCCUCUCGGCCUCCUCCUGAAUGGCACGCACACCUCCUGCUGAAGAGUCCUCCUCCUGCCCGGAGGAGAUGAUGGAGGAGCGCGGACAAAGAGAGGGAGGUGAUGGAGGAGAGAGACUAGGUGCCGUCUCCAUCUACUCUUCAUCUGUGAGGGAGGGAGGGAGGGAGGUGUGUGUGUGUGUGUUUGUGUGUGUGUGUGUGUGUGUCCACUGACGGGGGUGACCCAGACUGGACCCCAGAGGCUGCCCCAAGGAACCCUACAGAGGAGAGGAGCGGAGAGACAGAACAGGAGUGUGUGUGUGUGUGUGUGUGUGUGUGUGUGUGUGUGUGUGUGUGUGUGAGAGAGAGAGAGAACCCUCCUGCACGCACCAUGCCGACGGACCUGGAGAGACCAGGGAGGCCUCCACCCAACUUCAUCUGGAACACUGAGGCCUCCCCCCCAUACACACACACCUCUACACACUCCCUCAGACACACACACGCAUGCGCACACACACACACACGCAGAUUCCAACCACACAUGAUGUCUUGAUGUGAUUCACCUUAUCAACCUGUACUUUUUUCAGCUUGAGUCCUAAUAGUGAAGUGAGGAAGAGGGUGUGCGUGUGCGUGUGUGUGCGCGUGUGUGUGUGUGCUAAUGAAUGAAUGAGUGGACAUGUGGUUGUUGGUUAGCUGUUGAAAAGUUAAGUUAAUGUUCAGCACAAGUAGUGGAAAUGCAGCAAGUCCUUCCUUUUCUACUCAGCUUUAGCCUAGACCUCCUUUACUGCUCUCAAUCACUGACACCUGUGUGUGUGUGUGUGUGUGUUUGUGUGUGUGUGUGCGCAAGUGUGUGAGAGUGAGCGUGUGUGUGAGAGAGUAUGAGAGCGUGAGUGUGAGCGAGCAUGCAUGUGUGUGUGAGCAGUAGCUUAUGUGGUACUUUGGUCUUAAACAAUAACGGAUUUUCAGGUAAGACUGUUUAGCAUGUUGGUUGCAGCAAUGAUAGGUUUGUGUGAUUGAAUGCGUUUGGUGUGUGUGUGUGUGUGUGUGUGUGUGUGUGUCCAAGUAAGAAUAGGUUCUAGAGGGGAAUGGUCUGGACUUGUUGUAAAUUGUUGCCCUGUAAAAUGGUCAUGAGCUGUUCAUCAAUAAAUCCCUUUCAAGUCAUUUAA